UAUUUCCUAUGCAUACUCACUCCCAUCUGACCGUCCAUUCUCCGUUCUCUGCUCCUAAAUCCUAAUCCGUCGCCGUCCUAUAUAACACGCACGAGGAUAAUUAACUUCGUCGUCUUCACCUCAUCGCAUAUCACCGUAACCCUAGCUCCGGCCGCCGCCAUGAAGGGGCUCGAGAUGGAGCUCGAGGAUGGGUUCCCGGCUUCGAGGCUCUUCUCACAAGGGGUUUCGUAUACGUAUGACGAUGUGAUCAUGCUUCCCCACUACAUCGACUUCCCCGCUGACGCCGUGGACCUAUCCACCCGCCUAUCCCGACGCGUCUCACUUUCCAUUCCCUGCGUUGCUUCUCCAAUGGACACUGUAUCAGAGUCAUCCAUGGCUGUUGCCAUGGCCUCCCUUGGCGGUGUUGCCAUCAUCCAUUGUAACUCUUCUCCGGCGCUCCAGGCUUCUCUCGUUCGAUCCGCUAAAUCCCGACGCACACCCUUUGUCCAUGGCCCCUCCGUACUUUCCGGCUCGGAUGCCAUAAUCCGCACCUUUGAUGACAUCCUCCCUGCCGUCGUCGUUACCGACCCUGAGAAGGUGCCGAUCGGAGUCGUUGCUAGGUCCGAUUGGGAGCGUCUUGAGAAUAAGGACGUUCCCGUCUCUGCUUACAUGCGCUCGGCCCCACCGCCGGUGCCGGCGAAGUACGAUUUCGAGGAAAUAGCUGCUUUCUUGGCUGAAGAGAAGCUCGAUCUCGCGCCAUUGGUGGACGAGGACGGUGAAGUUGUUGGGGUUAUUACCAUGGAGGACAUCGAAAGGAUCCGGGGUUUCCCGAAGCUCGGGAAGCCAUCUCUGGGGCGUGAUGGGAGGCUUCUGGUGGGAGCCUCGAUCGGAACGAGAGAGAAUGAUAAGGAGAGGCUGGAGCAGUUGGUGAAGGCCGGGGUCGACGUUGUGGUGGUCGAUAGCUCUCAGGGAAACUCAGUGUACCAGAUCGAGAUGAUAAAGCACGCCAAGAAGAGUUUUCCAGAGUUGGAUGUGAUUGGAGGGAAUGUGGUGACGAUUGCUCAGGCGCAAAACUUGAUUCAAGCGGGUGCUGAUGGGCUAAGGGUCGGGAUGGGUUCUGGCUCCAUUUGCACUACGCAGGAGGUUUGUGCUGUUGGCAGAGGGCAGGCAACGGCUGUUUUACAAAGGUCUCAUCGUAUGCCAAAAGAUCAUGAUGUGCCUGUUAUUGCUGAUGGUGGGAUUUCCAACUCUGGGCAUAUUGUGAAAGCCUUGGUCCUUGGUGCAUCUACUGUCAUGAUGGGAAGUUUCCUAGCUGGUAGCCAUGAGGCACCUGGGGUAUAUGAGAAUCAGGGUGGUCGUCGUGUGAAAAAGUACAGAGGCAUGGGCUCCCUUGAAGCUAUGACGAAAGGAAGUGAUGCUCGAUAUCUUGGUGAUAAAUUAAAAUUAAAGAUUGCUCAGGGAGUAGUUGGAGCUGUGGCAGACAAGGGCUCUGUUUUGAAGUUCAUACCUUACUCAAUGCAAGCUGUCAAGCAAGGAUUUCAAGAUCUUGGGGCAUCGUCUAUGCAGUCUGCUCACGAGCUCUUAAGAUCAAAUGUGUUGAGAUUGGAGGUGCGAACUGGAGCAGCACAAGUUGAGGGAGGAAUUCAUGGUUUGGUUUCAUAUGAGAAGAAACCCUUCUGAAUGCUCAUAUGUUUUUGAGACUGUGUGUGUACUAAAGGGGAGCUGAGUGGGGAUCUCUGAUCCCUUGUUGUACUUCUUGUUGAGGGUUGCCGAUGGGUCUUUUUUUUUUUAAUCCGAACUUAAUGUAAUUCUAUGAGGCCCCUUUUUUUUUAUAUGAGCAUGUAAUUGUACUUUAAUAAGAGCCGAGGUGGCAAUUCAGAAUCCUUUUGUUUUGA